AUAAUUUAUCAGAGUAAUUUUUGCGAGAUUUAAAAGAAAAUUUUUUGUCUGAAAUUAUCCGCGAUUUAAAUUUUUAUCUAUCGAUUACUCACUUUUUUGAUAAUUUUUCACCCGACUCUGCCAUCGUGCUCCAAAAUACUUUUUUAUUUUACAGAAAUUUAUUUUUUACCCUCCAAUUAACGUUGGUGCGCUUGAACUUCUCGUUUUCUUCCAUUGGCAGCAUUUUAAAAUUUCAACUUUCCCGCGCUUUUUUUAAAAAUUCAAAUUUACUAAAAAAAUUCACAAUUAAAUUUUUUCCUCCAUUUUUGUAGAUAAUAAUAAAAAUUUUAAUAAUAAAUAAUAACAAUAAUCAUGAUAAUGAUUUGUUUUAAAUUUAAACAAAAAUUAGCGGGAAAAUUGUAACCAUGACUACCGGAGUUUGUUGAUUUUUAGCUGUGUAACCUUUUUAAUACUCGGAAUUAGUGAUUUAUAAGUAUUUAUAUAUCAAUUUAUAAAAAAUACAAGUGAUCAUCAUGGACGGAAUGAUGAAUUUUAAUGAUUUGAAAGCAUUACAAGAAUUGAUAAAUCCACCGAAUGAUGAUUCUGACUCAGAUACUGAUAUUUCACAACAAGGAUUACGUAAAUUGGGGCCUGGUGAUAUUGGUCCACUAAAAGAAUCACCAUCAUCAUCAUCAACAAAUUUAACUGGACCGCAUGCGCCACUUAAAUCAGAAGGCGACGAAAUUUGGCAUUCAUCAGAAGCGACAGCCAGUUCAUCAGCCGAACUUUUAGAUCCCAGACAAGUUCCGGAAUAUGAAAUUAAGUUCAAACAGUCUGUCACCUCAGAGGACAUUUUUCUAGGGAUGGGAUUCAAAACUCCCGGAUCAGCGUCUUGCGAGUGGAUCACAGUUUUAGUUAAAUUACCCGGCGAGUCUGUUAAAAAUGUUGAACUUACUGUUGAGUCGGAGUUUUUCGACAUCCGCAGCCCCAAGUACCGGCUGUAUUUGCCAACCCCGCACUCUAUCGAUCCCAAUAAUUCAUCCGCCAAGUGGCAUAAUGACACGGAUACUUUGGAGUUGACUUUAAAGCUUGUUCGCGAAUUUGACGGUAUCAAUUUUUAAUUUAAAUAAUCCGGCCUGUGGAUCUAUUUUAUCAAUAAAUGAAUGAAUAAAUAAAUAAAUGAGCGCAUGAAUAAAUUAAAUAAAAUUAGUUUGUUUAUU